UAAUUUUCGAAUACUUGUCUCAUACGUAGGAUAGUCUCUUUGAUUAAUUUGACGUGUUACUCAUAGAUGAAUGAUUGGUCUCGCUUCAGUCGAUUGAAGCGAGACCAAUCAUGUAUCUAUGGUGGUCAAGAAGCUUAUGGUGGUACUAUUAUUUGACAUUUGGCAGGCGAUUUUGACAAUUAUUAUUUUGAAAUGUUUUCUUUAAUAGCAUCAGCUGUUUAGAUUUGCUAGCAGUUAGAGCUAUUUAAACCUUGCAGAGGCUUUGAUGAGGUGAUGUAUUACGUUGAUUCACAAAGGGCUCUCACAAGACGCGAAAGUUCCCUACUUACAUCACGGGGGACAGUCGGUGAUGACAAAACCGAGUACGACGUAUUAUCACUAGCUCCUCCUCAAUUGAUCUUUCCUCUCGCGAGCGAAUCGGUAGUAUCAGAUGUUGUCCGACCAAAAGGUUCCAUUAGGAACGAACUUAUUACUAUGAUGUUUGAGUCUAUGUUGGACUGUAUUGUGGAAUCUUGGACAGUCAUCGUACCACCAAAAUUAGAAGGAGCCAAUCAAAUGCAAUUUGAGAAAACCCCGAGUGAACUUACUUACACCGGUAGAAAGAAAGAAAGGAAAAGUAUUGUGAAACCUCAGAAAUCAUCAAGACGAUCUAAAGUUGAAUCUUCUGACGUGGCUCAGAUAGACCCAAUGCAGCAGAUAUGGUGGUCGUCGCCAGAUGAGCGUGCCAUAAUAAAAUUCCGAAAUGGUAAUAUUUAUGAAGGAUCCAUAUCAAUGAAAUGUAUGCACGGGCACGGUCGCUUCCAGUGGGCAAAUGGGACUGUAUAUUUGGGUGAUUUUAAGGACAAUAAGAUUUCUGGAAAAGGUAUGAUUCAAUGGAAAGAUGAUUCUUGGUAUGAAGGUGACUUUGUUGGUAAUAUCCGACAUGGACGGGGGCUCUACGUAGAUUCGAGAAAUCAACGGUGCUAUGCUGGAGGUUGGUUCAAUGGUACAAAACAUGGAGAAGGAGUCAUACAUUUUUCUAAAUCUUUUAAAAACUCCUACGAUGGACAUUGGGAUCAUAACGUACGUGAUGGAUUUGGGUCUCGCGAAUACUCUCAUCAGAGUGGAUAUAAAGGAGAAUGGGAUCAAUACGUAAGAGAAGGAAAUGGCAUAAUGAUUUGGCCAAAUCAUGACUUUUACAGCGGUCAAUGGAAAAACGGUGUAAUGUCCGGGUAUGGUAUUUACAUAUGGGAUGCCUAUUAUAAUAAUUCGCUGGCAUUGCCUUCCGUAUGUGCAUAUCGAGGAAACUGGCUGAAAGGUCAACGCAGUGGGUACGGUAUUUUAAAUUUGGGUUUAGGUAUGGGUUCUUACUACAAAGGUGAAUUCAAGAAUAAUAAUAAACAUGGCGUAGGGCAAUUUGUUACUAAUAAUGGAAUGAUACUUCAAAAUAAGCAAUUAUUUAUCGAUGAUAACUUCGGAACUAUGAAAUCGGAUGAAGACUUUUGUAAUUCUAAUGAAAGCAAACAAAUAUCUUUAGACGAUCCAUACAAGUUUGAUAUCUGCGACAAUUCCGUAGGAUAUUAUUUCCAUGUAGAGGAUGCACUAAGAAACAUUGACAAACAGAUAGAAGUUCGGGAAAAUAUGAUCAGUGAUUAUAUAAAAAAUAACAAACUAACUGACGCUGAUCUUAAUAUGGCCAUGCGCAAAGAUGCCAUUCGUCAAGGUGAACCUAGCUCAGUUAUGAAUAUUGAUGGUUUAAUAGACUUUGAAGAAGAUUCGUUACGAAAAGCAAUAAGAUGUUACGAAAUAGACUUGAAAAAAAUUUAUUAUCAGUAUGCUACAGUUUGCAAUACUGAGGAGAUUCAAUUUACACCUGUACUCAUACGUUUGUUUCUGUGGCAGUUCUAUUAUGAUUGUAACAUUCACGAAAAAGGCUUAACGCUUAUAGAUAUCGACAAAAUGUUUCAUCGCAAUCUGGAAUGGUUAUCAAAAUCAGCACACAAUCCUUUUGAGAAAAUUUACUUUUGGCAAUUUCUACAUAGUCUUAUAUCAAUAGCAAGCAAACUUUAUGCUAAAAGAGAAUUACCAGGGCCAAAACCAGACACGAUCUUAGCGAGCGGCUUUAGAUCUUUUAUGGAAAGAGACAUAUUGCCUAACAUUGGUCGACGAAAAGGUCGCCUGGUCGAUGUGUAUGGACAAUUCCUACCACUAAAGGGACUGUAUGCACUCUACCGCAGUCUUGGCGAGCCUCACUCAGUGCGCGACUUCCUGUGCGCCGUGCGAAGACCGCCGCAUGACACUGACAAACCACAACCAUCGCUUGUAGACGCUCCUGGCGAUAAUCUUCCAAUCGGACGGAACGCGUACAUACUUGGUGAUAGGAUGAUUUUCGUAGCCAGUAAGGAUUGUUUAUUGUACCCAUAUAGGAAUAAGGACGCGACGCGAAAGGAAAUAGCCAUAGAGCCUACAACUGUUGUUACUGAAAUCGUUCUAGCAUUUUUGCGGGGGGAAUGUGCACACAAGUGCUGUUCUGCAUACUUAGUUAAUAUAUAGGUACUUACAAAUAAAACUGUAAAAACAAUAAAAAAAACAUAUUAAUAACUACCAAGAUUUUGGGAUUUACCUGAGCCCUUUAUAUAAGAUCGAACGACUAAGGCACUAAGAGCGAGCGCACCGUUAAGUGGGGCACGGCAUGGAAUGGGCGCAUGGGCGCCCCCCCUCCCCCUAAAAGUUAAGAUAUCAACACUAAUAAUAUCAAAAUAAGGAGAGGCGAGCGGCAUAAUUUAUUUAAUUACUAAUUAUUACACUAAUAAUGUAUUUUGGAUUCGUCCUCUACCACCCGCCGCUGCCCGUCGUCAUUUAUCCUAUCGCAUUCGGUAACCUUCGUAUAUUUUCGUUUCGUAUCGGCAUGGUAUUGUUAUGUAUCCCCAUCCACACUAUAGAGCGCGAGUGGCUCCCACUUUCGGCAGUGUUACCCGAAAGAUGUACGUCUGUUGUCAAAUCAGAACUUGAAGUGUGGAAAGCAGUUGUGACUAUCACCUCC